AUGGUGUCCCCUUCGCACAGCGAUCUCCAGCCGCCCUACUUCACCGACGGCGUGAGUUCCGAGCCGUCUGAGGCAUCUGAAGACGUUGAGAAGUGCAGGAACAGGCCUGGGAUGCUCCUCCAACUCCGAAACUCCGUCGAGUAUCUGUGAAUAGGGAGUACUCGCUUCUUACCAAAUGCUUCGCCGAGUUCAUUGGCGACCUCACCUUCGUAUUUAUUGGUGAGUUAUUUACUUGCUUUUUUUAUUUCAUAAGCGGAAUAAAUGAUACUUUUUCACUCUAAAAUAUUUUCCUGAAAGAAGGCAAACAGUUUUUUUUUCUCAUAGUUUCCAAGAUAUCUACCUCUCAGGUGCUGUUGAUUAACUUCUUGCAAUAUCUUUCCGGCUUUUUUUAACUUUUCUUGAGUUCUUUCUUACAAGUAAAAAGGCUGCAUAAAUAUUUUUUUAAGGUUUUUUUAGAAAACGGAGAAAAUAAUUUUUUAGUCGGUAAAACGUUUUUCAUUUUCACUUUUAAGCUUAUUUCGAACUAUUCAUUAGUUAAAAAAAUUCUUCGAAUCGGAGACUAAUAAGUUUGAAAUUUUUUUUAAAAUCAUUUAUUCAACAGUUUUUUUAGCAAAGUGAUAUUUUAUUUCAAUUAGUAAUUUCAGAAAUUGCAUUCCGCUAUAAUCGAAAAAUUUUCGAGACCUGUUUUGCUUCCGACUUGAAAGUUUUCUUGGGUACUCAACCUUAGUGACGUGUCUAUAGUUUGAUUUUCAAAUCAUCAUUUUUCUAAAAGAGCAAACAUUAAUGGUCUUCUCCGAUGGAAUUCCUUAAAUUUUAUGUAAAUGUCAUCAAUUUCCUGCCUCAAUUUUGGAGGAGUAAUCGGUUUUGGCUUGGCUUUGAAUAUGAUACGAAUAGAAUUAAACGGUAGCUAAACUACUCUAUGAGGAAAAUAUACCAUUGACGGGUCCGUGAAGUACCUUAAAGGUCUGAAAAGCCAAAAAAAAAGAAGUUUGAAGUCGAAAAAGGUUGAAUGAGCUCCUUUUCAUGUAAACUUCUUAUUGGUAGAUAUUUUCAACAAUUCAUCCACAUUUAAAAGUAUUUUUUGCAUCGUAACUAUUUUCAUCACUGUUAUUCAACGCGAAAGUUCCUGAUGAAAAACAAUGAAAGAAUCAGAAAGUUCUUUCGAAGACUAUUUUUACAAACACCUCUUUUUGGUCCCAUUUAGACCCUUAUGGUGCAAAAGAUCACUCUCUUAUCAUUUUUCAAGCAUCCAAGAGAUUAUUUUUUGCGGACCACACUUGACCUUUCAUUGUCAUCUCAAAAAAGCUCUUUCUCAAUGAUCGAGAAAAACUCAAGGAAUCAUUUAGGAUGCAUGCAAGCAGUACAGAUUGGUGACGGACCGACUCACGCCGCCUUGGCCCACGGAUUCACGAUUUUCAUCCUCGUCACAGCCUUCGGACAUAUCAGGUACUCAGAUUGAUCUACAGUCUUGAGAAGCGGCGAAGUGAAUUAAAUAGCCGCCACGACACAUACCGUUUCUUAUCACCAAAUCAAUUUAUUACCUUUGCAAUACGUUAGAAUGCCAACCAAAUAAAAGUGACAAAGACGCCCUUGUAAUCUCGUGUUUGCCCUCUGCACAAUCAUCUCGAUUUGUGAGCUUUUUCAGCGGAGGUCAUUUCAAUCCGGCCGUUUCAUGGGCGAUCGCAGGGGCUGGAAAAAUGCCGAUUUGGCAUCUGCCUUUCUACGUCGCGUCUCAGUUGUUUGGAGGCUUUUGCGGAGCGAUGCUCGUUGCGGUUCGUCAGGGGAAAAUAAAAUAUGAGAAUGGGAUAUUUCGAAAGAAGAGAUCAGCUUCUCCGAGAAAAAAAAAAAUAAUGUCGGAAGUCCUAAACCAGUUUUGGAAAAGUUAAUGAAAUGAAAAUCAAAAAUUUCUUUCACCUAACGCAAACAUUUUUGAUUGAGUGUAGGUUUCUGGAUGAAUUCAAAAGCUUAGAGCAGACCAAAAGUUUGUUCUUCUCUUCAACAAAAGAAAACGGAAACGGAAAAAAAAAACCGAAUUUUACUUGAAACGGAGAAAGUUUCUAACCGGCAGCUUUUUCUGAGCUAAAAAUAGGUUCGCUAUCACUAAUUAAGGGUUUUAUUGCAGGCAGUUCUCACUCCUUCCCAAUACGACGCUAGUGACGGCGGCGCCACGUUGCUCGCCACCGACACUUUUUGGUGGAAGGUCCUUCUUUGGCUAGAAUCCAAAAAAUUCUAAUUCACGAUACAGAAAAUGGCAAUUAGACUACAAGACGCAAAUUUCGCGUUUCAAACUUUUUAAAUGUUCAAACUCUAUAUCCAAAAAUUCAGUAUCAGAAAAACUCAAUCGGAACACCUGAUUUCUUAAAAUUUUCGAUAUUUUUUCCAUUCAGGGUCUUAUAGCCGAAGCUCUCGCCACAUUUUUCCUCGUUCACACGAUUUUGAUCUCCGCGGCCGAUUCAAACUCGGUAAUAUUUUCAAACAAAUCAAAAAAAAAACCAAAAAAGUUUGUAGGUUAUUCUGGCUCCUUUGGCUAUCGGCUUGACGCUCUCAAUCGACAUUUACGCGGUGUAAGAUUCAGUUUUCAAGUAUUUUUUGACUAAAUACGAGAAUUUUAUCAAUUCGACUUAACAUAGAAGCACACGGUCGCAUAUGGAAUGACUCGUUGCGUGAAGCGGUUUCUUUAUCCUAUAAAGACCUUCGAGAGCAGUAAAUAUUAGGUGUGAGAUCAGCAAAAAGCGACAACUUGAGUCAUUCAACAAGCUUUAGAAGCAAAAAAAGAUGUACGAAAGUUUGGUCGAAAAUAGUUGGAACUUCUUUGCAGAGGAGAAAUAUCGUCGGCCUCGAUGAACCCAGCACGAUCUCUGGGGCCAAACAUCGCCGGCUCCAUUUUCCUGAGUAAGCUCCCGCCCAAUUUCUGGAACUUCCACUACAUUUACUGGGCUGGACCUCUGGCAGGAUCUACCGCUGCUCUUUGCUUAUACAAGUUAGUCCUUCCUCCAUUUGUCGAAUCAUUUUUGACUUUUUCAGAGUUUUCGAAGCUCGAGAAGACCGUUUUGUGCAAUGA